AUGACUCGUUCUAAAGUAUCAUCUAAAAAGUCUAAAUUAUCAAAAAGAAAAAAUCCAAUUAUGGAUGGAAAAAAAAAUUUGACUGAUAAUAAUGGAAUUUCAAUGAUAGGACAGGAAAAAAAUGUUGAAUCAAAUAUAUAUAAUACCAUAAAAGGAUUUUCUGAUGAUUCGAGUCAUUUAAUAAGGGAAAUAAAAGAAGAUGAUAAUAUAACGUUAACCACUAACUUUUCUGAGAAAUGUGAUUCUUUUCUCACCAAAAAUAUUAACUAUCAAGAACACAAUUCUUUUUUUGAUGGUUCAAUGACAAUUGUUCCCUCAAUAAAUGUUGAUUUAAAUGAAACUUUUAAAGAAUUAGCUGACAUAGAAAAUUCUACAUUUGAUGGAAAUUUCAAUGAAACUUCUUUAUCAUUUAUUCGAAAUGUUUCAAGUAUGAACAAUAUGGGAUUAGGGUCUAAAAUUCUGAAGAAUAGAAAAAACAUUGAUUUUAACAAUUUGUCAAUUGCUUCUCCACGGGAAUGUUUAAGAAAAAUGCAAGAAGAUCGUGUUAAAUUAUUGUUCAUUAAUGAUAAAUCUAUAUUAGAUAUGAAAGGAAAAUCUGAUAUGAAUGUCUCUGUAAAUAUUGAUAAAAAACAAAAAGAGGAGAGUGAUAAUAAACCAGUUCUUCGGCGUUCAGAAAGAAUUAGACAAAAAAUGAUAAAGAGAUAUGGCUUGAUGUAA